CAGUCGUCCAAUCAGAGAAUUACAUUUAAACUGAAAGUUUUUAAAAGCAAUCUCAGCUGUAUAUAUGCUCAUUUCUCUGUUAGUGUUUCAUUACAAAGCUACAGCGAUGGACACGUGUGGAGGACUCAGCGAGGCUAAAGACGCUGAUGACAGCAUCCAGAAGAUUUGUGAUAAAACCAAAGCUUGCGCAGAGAAAAAGGCAGGAGUGGACUUUAGUCUUUUUACUGCGAUAAUCUACAAAACCCAGAAUGUGCCUGGAAUGAAUUACUUUAUAAAGGUCCAUGUUGGAGGGGAUGUGUACACUCACAUUCGGGUUCAUCAAAAUCUCCCCUGUGAAGGUGGAGAACUCGAGCUGAACAACAUUCAAUACCCCAGAACCUUGAGUGACCCCAUUGAGUACUUCUAAAGAAACCAACCCAUCAAAGCAUCAAUGGCUGCAACCUUUGAAGUCCUUUGACCCAUUAAAAUGUUCUACAGUAUCUACCAUGUAAUCAUCUAAGCCCCUCAGACUGUUGAUUGUUCAGGGCACGACUUCUGUACAAGAUAAAAUAAAAGCAGAUUUGUUUUGAUUCUGUGUUUUUUCUCAAUAUUUUUUUAUUUUGAUGAGACUCCAUGUUUUAGUGUUAUGGAUUUUAAUGUGUCAGGUUCUAAACUAAUGCAGAAUCUGAAUUCUUCCCUUACACUCUGGCUUCUCCCUAUGUCUCCAAUUGUACGGAUAUUUUGAAGAGCAGAGGUGUUGGUUUUGCUACAACACAUUCUCCGGUCCCACUGACUUUCACUGCCAUAUCACUGCUGGAGCACGGAAGGAAUUUCCUCUCCGUUAGCAAUGGACUGUCAGUACAACGGCCGAGAUGUGGCAGCGCAAUAG